AUGUCGACAGGAGAAGGGGAGAGGAAGAGGAGGUGCUUGUAUGAAGUCCUCGGAGUGGAGAAGGAUGCUACUGCUGACGACCUCAAGCUCGCAUACCGCAAGGCGGCGCUGAAAUGGCAUCCUGACAAGAACGCAGAUAAUGUGGAGGAGGCGACGGAGAUUUUCAAGGAGAUCACAAACGCGUACACUGUGCUGUCCGACCCCAACGAGAGAGCGUGGUACGAUAGUCACCGAGAGCAGAUUCUGCGGGGAGGGGACGGGACGGAGGAGGAGGGAGACUGCGGUAUCGACCUGUUCCAAUUCUUCAGCUCAACGUGCUACAAGGGAUACGGGGACGAGGAGGACGGUUUCUUCAGCGUGUACCGCAAGGUCUUCGAGCAGAUCGACGAGUUGGAGGAGGGGGAGGAGGAGGUUGGGACGUAUCACGACGCGCCCCCGUCGUUUGGGGAGAGCAAGACGCCAUGGUUGCAGGGGCCGGCGAAGUUUUACAGCUACUUCGAAAACUUCUCGACGAGGAGGAGCUUUUCAUGGUGCGACAAGUACAACCCGAACGACGCACCCAACAGGCAGAUCAAGAGAGCGAUAGAGAAGGAGAACAAGAAAGCGAGGGGGGCAGGGCAGCGAGCGUUCAACGAUACAGUGAGGAGGCUGGCGACGUGGGUGAAGAAGCGAGAUCCGAGGCAGGUGGUGCAUCAGAAGCAGAUGGCGGAAGAGGUGAGGAGGAGGAGGAGGAGGAGGAGGAGGAGGAGGAGGAGAUACAAUGGUUUGUGA